AUGGAUAAAAUCGAAGUGCAGUUGCAGUUAAAAAUUGCAGAAGAAAAAUACGAAAAGGCAGAAUUGGCUUUGAAGGAAUUCGAAGAAGGGGAGGAUGACGGAAAGUGGUUGAAAGAUUUAAGGAGAAAGAUGAGAAGUGAAAAGCUUAGUGAAAAUGAGAUGCAGGAGAGGGCUAGACUGGAAAUAAAAGAAAAAGAGUUGACGAUGAAGUUGAACAAUUGGGAAGAGUAUGAGCUGUAUUUACGCAAGGAAUUGGCAUAUUUUAAUAAAGAAAGAGAAUCAGCGAUCAUUACUGGAAAAAGAAUGGCUGAAGAUGAAGAAGUCCGCAAAAAAGUCGUUUUGCUCGAUAACAAGAUUCUAAUGCUUGAGAAUAACAUUAAGAAAAUGAAAUUUACCAUCACAACUGCAGGAGAUGUCGGAAAAUUAAUAAUUAAUAUUGCAGAAAUUAAUCAACAAUUUCUUUACGACUUUUUAAAUUCUAACUCUAAAAUACGAUUUGAUGAUUUGAUUAUACCCAAUGAAUUUCAUCAACCAUGUGAAAGGAAAACUGAGGUUCAGAAGAGGAUACAUCGACCAAGGACUACUUUAAAGAUCCAAUUGCUAAGAUUGAUGUUGCAAUUCUCGACGGCAGCCAUUCCUUGUGGCCACACAUUGUUACAUGUUUAG